AUGAGCGUCGCUUUUCCGGCCUUUCAAAAGGCCCAGCACGAGCACAUGGGCUUCGAUCGACCACGCGACUCGUUCAGCGCCUCGAUCUUUGAAUCCCUCGAGGGCGCACAGCCGUCCAAGGACCACGCACAGCCGCAGCUGCAGCAACAGCAGCUCACCAGCGCCAACCUCGGAUCGGCUUCGGCCUUUGCAGCAGGCGCCGGCGCCGCUCCCGCUGCUGCCGCCGCGCCAAAGCCACGCAUCUCGAAGCGCAUCAACGCCCGCCUCCAGCUAGCCGCCGCUCUGGUCGAGGCCGACAACGAAAAGAUCCUCGAACGCGCACAGAACUGGCCCCCUCACAACCGCACCUCGUCUCCGCCCCAAGGUCUGCGUCCUCCGCCUCCGCCAGAGCCAAAGCUUGCCAGCCAGAGCGCCAUCUUUGCACCCUACCGCGAGGGGGCCGCACCGCUCCCCCACCACACCCGCACCGGCAGCAACGCCAGCCGCCUCAGCCGCCUCGCCGCCGCCGGUGCAAACGACAACCGUCGCCCCAGCGUCGACUUCCUCGGCGUCUCGCUGCCCACCGAGGCCAGGGCGCAGAGCCGAGCCGGGUCCCGCGGCAGGCCGUCCAGCAUCUUUUCCAACCGCAGCGCCGUCCUCGGUCCCGGCGAGGUUGUCGAUGGCACAGCCACCCAUGCGAGGUCAGGGAGCGCGUUUGGCGCCCCCUCGGUCGCCGAUGCCGGCGGCGACGACGACGACGAGGCCCUCAGCAAUUGGGGAGUCGAAAAGUUCCUCAGCAAAGAGGAGCGCGAGCGCAUCGCAACUGGGAAGCGCAGCCGCGCCAACAGCGUCGCGGGCAUCACCAGUACCCGGCUCGAGGAUCUCGGCGGCGCUGCCACUCCUACCGCACAGGCGUCGGUGGACAUCGCCGCCAACGAACGACGGGCUUCGCACACGAUCCCGACGGCCGACCCUGCCGCCUCGACGGGCGCUGGCAGGGCGCGGUCCGAGAUCAUCGCGUCGACCGGCGCCUCGUCGUCGCUCGACUCGCGCGCGGAGCUCAUGGCCCGCAUCAAGCUCUACCGGGAAAGGCAGGAGAACCUGCCGCCCUCGGAGUGGUCCGGGCCUGGGCCUCAGGCGUCCAAGGAAGAGGUGCUGGACCACCUGAUCGCCACGUCGCCCAGCGCAGCGCAGUCGGCGACACUCAAGGAGGCUCGUGAAGAGCUGGCGGAGGCGUCGAAGCCUACGCACGCGCCCGCCCUAUCGUCGUCGUCCAUCCUUGAUCGGCCCAGGCCGGGCUCGCGGGCUGGCUCGCUGUCUUCGACCCACAUGGUCUCGUCAACGAGCCUCGGCGGCCCCGUCGCACGCCCCGCGUCGGCGCUCGCAGAGAUCGCGGGCGACAAGCUGGACCAGGACCACAUGCCUACAAGCAAGUCGUUUGAAAAGGAGCGCAUCGUCAGUACCCGGCGCAGCAACCGCCACCUCUCGAUCUUUGGCGUCACCGGCGACAACUGGUCCGACCAGGAGCAGGAGUCUGACGUCGGCGACGCCAGCACCCGAUCGGCGGCCGGACCCAUCCCGUCGUCGUCGCUCAGCACCGAGAUCGCAGCGCCCGAGGCCGCGGCCGAGGACGAGGCUGGCAGCACGGCAGCUGCUCCGACUGCUGCCGCCCCGACAAACGCACCGGCGGCCAAGGCAGCGCCAACGACCAUUCCAGCCCACACUGGCGGGCAAGGCAACUUUGUCUUCCCGCCGCCGGCACCGCGUCCCCCCUUUGCGCUGGCCACUUCGGACCAGCUGACGGAAGCCUUCGGACGGCGCCAGUCGGUCAUCCUGCAGCAGCUCGAGGGGAGCGCGCUAGCCGAUGGCCCGGACGGCCCUGAGCUCGAUAUGGCCGGGAUCGGCUCCUACUCGCGCAGCCAGUCUCGGCGCAACUCGCUCAUGGCGACCGCCAUGCUGCCUCCGACCAACGCGGGCGAGCACACACCUUCGCAGAUCCUGUCUCGGCCCGGCACUCCCGGCAAGCUGUUCAGCACGGGCAGGGGCCUGCCUGAAGAUCCCUUUGGGAACCUGCCGCUCGACCCGGGACCCUACGCUGCGGGUUUUGCGGCCGCCGCUGCGAGCCCCAUGAUGGCCGGAUCGGCUGCUUUCCCCGGCAGUCCUGGCGGCCGCAACUCGCAGCUCUUCCAGGCUGCAGCCGGCGGCGCAGUUGAUGCUCCGCCGCCGGCCAACCGGGCCACGGCGGCGCUGUCGACCCGCCAGCUGCAGGCCCUCGCCCGAUCCACCACGUUCCCGGCGUCGCUUGGCAUGGGCGGCGGUCUCUACACGGGCGUCGUGACGGACGAGGACGGCCAAGAGGUCGAGCUGGCGCCCAACGAGGACCCGGACUUUAAUGCGCCCAUCCUCGGCCCCGAGGGGCUGGCCGACGAGCUGGCGUCGGAGACGGCGCCCAGCAUGCCGAUCCAGCUUGGCGGCGGCGUGCCCGACCUCUCGUCGGCCAACUGGGGCAAGCCCAAAAAGAAGUGGUUCCGUGCCUCGCGCAUGAGCAUGCUCGGCGUCGGCGGCGACCGGCGGUCAAAGGACAUGAGCACCGUCGCCCUCGACGCUGCCGGGCAGGCCGAAGCGGCCAAGGCCAGCUCGACCGACGGGAUGGACGGUGGGGACCGCGAUGAGCUCCGCACAGACUUUGGCGAUGCGGCCUCUCUGGCCGACGGUCUGGUCAACCCUGCCCUCGACCACGAUGACGACGACGACGACCAGCCCCUGGGCAUGCGGCGCGAUGUAUCCGAAGCCUAUGCCAACGAGCCGGCGAGCGACGUGUUCAGGGGAACGCAGCAGGGCGAUAAUGACGACGGCGGCGAGGGCGACGACGACGUCGACGACGAGUACACCAGCCCACCGCGCAAGGGCCCGCUCCGCCCGCGCGGCCUCGAGGCGAGGCUGCCCAAGACGCUCAUCAUGCCGCAGCCGCUGCAGGGUACGCGGAUGGCGCCCAAGAUCCGCCUCACCGAUGGUGGCCGGCGCCAGAGCAGCAUCUACGUGCCGGAGGGCUUUGUGCUGCACGACGGCAAGGGCCUGCCGCCGACGCGCAGCCUGCAGGUGACCAGCGCGACGGGACCGCGGCCGCUGUUUGCGAGCGCCGGCGGCGACCAGAGGCUCGAGGAGCUCGUCUCGGACAUCAAGACGGUCGAGGUGACCCGCACCCUCCACGUGCCCGCCGCCGCGCCGCGGGGCAUCGGCCGGCGGGCGGCGGCGCCGACGACGGCGCUGUUCCGCAACCAGCUGGUGCAGCACGACGACGAAAAGGAAGGCUGGGGCUGGGAGGUGGGGACGCGGGCCGACGAGGCGCGCCUGCAGCCGGAUGCGUCGGACUCGGACGAGGAGGUGCCGCUGGCGGACCUCAAGAAGCGGGGCCGCGCCGCCAAGCGUGCGGCCAAGAAGCUGGCCAAGGCCAAGCGCAAGCGCAAGCAGGCGAGGCGAGAGCGGCGCGCCAAGCGCCAGCAGGCGAUCGAGGCCGGCCGACCCUUUGAGGACUACGGCGUGUCUGAGCUCAGUCCGGACGAGGACCUCGACCUCAGCGACACGACCAGCGGCAGCGAGGAGACAGAGUACGAGAGCGGCACCGAGAGCUGGGACAGCGACGACGAGAAGCGCUGGAUCGACGAGAGCAAGCCGGCCGGCAAACUGUUUGGCAAGAGCCUGCUCGAUCUCGCCGAGGAGCGCACCAGAGACCGCAAGACCAAGGCCAGGUUCUACGGCCAGGCGCAGCUCGAGGACGAGGAGGCCUUCGAACGCAGCUCUGGUCUCCGCGCGCCGAGCGCCUACCACGGCGCCGGCGACGACGCGGCCUCGGUGGCCCCAAGCAUGGCCAAGUCGUUCCGCGAGAACCCGACCGGCUACAACGACACAAAGGAGCGCAUGGAGGCCACGUUCGGCACCGACACGCUGUGGGCCCGCGAGAUGGCCAAGCGGCUCGAGGAGGAGGCCAAGGAGAAAGAAGAGGCCGAGAUCCGCCGGCUGGCCGAGUUGGAAUUCCAGCGCGAGGAGGAGGCUCGACAGCAGCGCAAGAAGGAGAAGCGGCUCUUCCGCACCGGCAAGGACAAGAAGGCGCAGCAGCAGCAGCAGCGCAAGGGUGCUGGGCCGGGUGGACGCGGGACCGCGUCGAACGACUCGCCAUCGGUGGCCGCAUCGACCCAUCCGGCUGCGACCGAUGACGGCCACGGCGGAAACGGCCGCGUCUCUCCCGUCCGGUCCAAGACGCCGGUCAAUGCGCCCGUCAUCGACCUCGACUUUGACCUCGCCGGUCCCGGCACGACAAAGCGGCGCCACAAGAAGGGGGCCGACUCGGCUGCGGCCGAAUGGUUUGUCGAGUCGUCGGACGAGGAAGAGGACAGCGACGACGAGUCGAGCUCGGACGACGAGAUGACGCGGCGCAGGGAGGCGAUGCAGCGCGUGCGCCAGUCGAGGAACUUUUCGGCCACGGUGGCUGCCUCUGGCUCGCUGGCGGCCGAGCUGGCCAAGCACGGCAUCGACCUGGGCAAGCUCGACGACGACAGCGACGCGGCCGGCGGCAACGAGUCGAGCGACGACGACCUGCCGCUGAUGCAGAUCAAAAAGGCGGCGGUGGACCGUCGCAUGUCGCUGGCCCCGUCGAUGCAGCUCAACGGCCAGGGCUUUGGAGGCGGCGGCGGCAACAACGACGGCGAAGAUGAGUCGUCGGAAGAGGAGCUGACGCUCGCGGCGAUCCGAGCCAAGCGGCAGCAGGCGAGCGCCAACAUGGGCAAACUCGACCUGGACCACCUCACCUCUGACAGUAGCAGCCCCAAUCUGGGCCAGCAGAGCCGCGGAUCCUCGCCCGGCGCGAGCCAGCCGUCGAGCCUGGGCCGGUCGAGCGGCAGGGGGCUUCCGGGAUCGUCGUCGCUGUCGCAGGAGCUGUCGGCCAUCUGGAACGUCCAGUCGGCCAAAAAGGACGAGCCGGCCGACGACGACGACGACGAUUCGGACGAGGACGUGCCGCUGGGGAUGCGCCACCCGAACGGUGCCGAGGCGCUGCAGGCGGCCGAGGGCUCGGACGACGAGGACGACCGGCCGCUGGGAUCGGCGCACCCGCAGGCGGCCAUCAUCGCCGAGCAGGCGGCCCUUAUCCGCCAGCUGCGUGCCGAAAACGAGCAGGCUCGCGUCUCGCAGGUGCCGCCGGCCUGGGCUGGCAUGGGAGGAGGCAUGAUGGGGGGCGGGUUCGGACCGAGCGCGCCGAGCAUGAUGGGCAUGGGUAUGGGCAUGGGUAUGGGCAUGGGGAUGGGAGGCGGCGCAGCGAGUACGCUGGGUUUCGGCGGACUGGGCGGGCCGAUGGGACCACCUCCGGCCUCGAUGAUGGGGCUGCCGCAGCUGCCAGCGAUGGACGUGGGUGGCGGGCCGCCCAUCAACGUCGACGCCGCAUCGCCGCACACGGUGACGGGCUACCUGCCCUCGCCGGGCAUGGCGCCCGAGGGGCUGCCGAUGUCGAUGCCGAUGCCGAUGCCCAUGUCGAUGCCCAUGGCGGGUGCGGCGCCGGCGGCGAUGGGCAUGAUGCUGGAUCCCAAGGCGUCGACGAUUCUCAACUGGAGGACCCAGGUGCCCGCCGACGCGAGCGGGGGCGCGCCGACGCCGACGGGCAGCGGAUCUGCGCCCGCCUCGGCCAUUCACUCACCUCGCCAGCAGCAGUAG